AUGGCUGUGAAUCCAAGUGACAGGGAAAGGGCAGACGGAGCCGAGUUUGCUUUACAUAAGGCUAUAGAGAUGGCUGUGAAUCCAAGCGACAGGGAAAGGGCAGACGGAGCCGAGUUUGCUUUACAUAAGGCUAUAGAGAUGGCUGUGAAUCCAAGCGACAGGAAAAGGGCAGACGGAGCCGAGUUUGCUUUACAUAAGGCUAUAGAGAUGGCUGUGAAUCCAAGCGACAGGGAAAGGGCAGACGGAGCCGAGUUUGCUUUACAUAAGGCUAUAGAGAUGGCUGUGAAUCCAAGCGACAGGGAAAGGGCAGACGGAGCCGAGUUUGCUUUACAUAAGGCUAUAGAAAUGGCUGUGAAUCCAAGCGACAGGGAAAGGGCAGACGGAGCCGAGUUUGCUUUACAUAAGGCUAUAGAGAUGGCUGUGAAUCCAAGCGACAGGGAAAGGGCAGACCGAGCCGAGUUUGCUUUACAUAAGGCUAUAGAGAUGGCUGUGAAUCCAAGCGACAGGGAAAGGGCAGACGGAGCCGAGUUUGCUUUACAUAAGGCUAUAGAAAUGGCUGUGAAUCCAAGCGACAGGGAAAGGGCAGACGGAGCCGAGUUUGCUUUACAUAAGGCUAUAGAAAUGGCUGUGAAUCCAAGUGACAGGGAAAGGGCAGACGGAGCCGAGUUUGCUUUACAUAAGGCUAUAGAGAUGGCUGUGAAUCCAAGCGACAGGGAAAGGGCAGACGGAGCCGAGUUUGCUUUACAUAAGGCUAUAGAGAUGGCUGUGAAUCCAAGCGACAGGGAAAGGGCAGACGGAGCCGAGUUUGCUUUACAUAAGGCUAUAGAGAUGGCUGUGAAUCCAAGCGACAGGGAAAGGGCAGACGGAGCCGAGUUUGCUUUACAUAAGGCUAUAGAGAUGGCUGUGAAUCCAAGCGACAGGGAAAGGGCAGACCGAGCCGAGUUUGCUUUACAUAAGGCUAUAGAGAUGGCUGUGAAUCCAAGCGACAGGGAAAUGGCAGACGGAGCCGAGUUUGCUUUACAUAAGGCUAUAGAAAUGGCUGUGAAUCCAAGCGACAGGGAAAGGGCAGACGGAGCCGAGUUUGCUUUACAUAAGGCUAUAGAGAUGGCUGUGAAUCCAAGCGACAGGGAAAGGGCAGACGGAGCCGAGUUUGCUUUACAUAAGGCUAUAGAAAUGGCUGUGAAUCCAAGCGACAGGGAAGGGCAGACGGAGCCGAGUUUGCUUUACAUAAGGCUAUAG